UCUAUAGCUACAAUAAUUGAUGACUUCAACGACGAAAUGUUCUGAUUUUUUUGUUAAGGCUAUGCUGGCAUUUUUACAAGAUGAAAAUACGGCUUUACAUAUUGUGGUUUAUUUUGUUUUCUUGUGUAAAGUUUUUGUUGUUGUUGUGAUAUGACGAGCUCUUAACUCAUCUUCAAUGAUUGCCAAGAGUUGUAGAUUGUGAGUCUGGGGAAAUUUGAAACACGCUUCUUACUUUUAAUUUAAUCUUUAAAGCAUAAUAAUGAUGGAUUCUUUUUUGCUGUUUCUUUGUUUUCCCUAAAGAACACCUGCAAUCAAAAUUAGUUUAACCGAUUCUUCAUUUUGUUCACUAAUAAACAGGUGUAUACUCCAAAUAUGUUUGGAGCUUCAAUCUUCGAACUGCUUUGUCUCAUCCAUUCAUAAUGUGUUGUAUUUCUGCGUGUAGUGUUAUAUUCAAAUCAUGUACAAAUUGUCAUGUUUAUCAUCGCGCUGGGUUUUAUGUCAUAAAAUCCAGCGCGAUCAUGUUUCAAACUAAUAAAUACUGGGUGAUCACGAAAGUAUAAUAUGCGUCUAUUUUCUGCACACUGAUAUGUUCGUGCGUAUAAGUUCUUUAACAAAUUGUAUUUUACCUUUUGAGUACGCAAGUACAAGUUUUUGAGGAAAAAGGCUUGUGUCUUUCUUAAAUCUUACAGCAAAGUUCGCCACAGCAGUAAAAUGUGGAUUUAAAAGAAUUGUUGAAAGUUCUAUCUCAUAAAAGUUUUAUUAACAGUCCUUCCACAAAAUUUCUUUUGUCAAAUCUUCUUUAACUCUUUCAUUCAGAUUGUAAAACAAAAUCCAACAUCAACAUGAGUGAAUGCGUGAAAGUGAUUGUUCGAUGUCGCCCGUUAAAUGACAGAGAACUCGACUCAAAUAUGGAUAUCCUCGUCUCAGUGGAUCCAAUCGAACAACAAAUUAUUUUGAGACAAGCAAACGUCAUUGAUAACUGUCCCAGAAAGGUUUUCACGUUCGAUCGCAUCUUUGACACAGAUUCAACCAAUCAGGAGAUUUAUACUGAUGUUGUUUCACCUCUUGUCGACAGUGUGUUGCUAGGUUACAAUGGAUGCGUGUUCGCGUAUGGUCAAACGUCAUGUGGGAAAACAUUUUCUAUGCAAGGUGUGAGUAAUCCCCCUGCACAACAAGGAAUAAUGAGUCGAGCAUUCGAACAAAUAUUCGAAAACAUUCAAACAACAGAUGUAACUUAUUACAUCGUAAGGACUUCAUACUUGGAAAUAUACAAUGAAGAAAUUCGUGAUUUGUUACACAAGCACAAUAAAAAUAAGCUAGAAAUAAAAGAACACCCUGAGAAAGGUGUUUAUGUGAAAGACUUAACCACUGUCGAUGUUACAUGCGUGGAAGAUAUGGAAGAAGUUCUGGAAGUAGGGAGUUGGAACCGAGCUCUUGGUGCAACUGCACAGAAUCCAGACUCGUCAAGAUCACAUUGUAUAUUUACUGUGGAAUUUGAAUUGUGUUUUACCAGCGAGCAUGAUCGGAAAGAACACUAUCGAUCUGGUCGCUUAAACCUUGUCGACUUGGCUGGAAGUGAACGUCAGAGGUAUUCAAAAGCAGUUGGGGAGCGAUUCAAAGAAGCUACUAAAAUCAAUCUCUCAUUGAGUGCACUUGGAAAUGUAAUCUCAGCCCUUGUUAAUGAAAAGUCAAAACACAUACCCUAUCGAGCGUCAAAAUUAACUCGCCUCUUACAAGACUCACUUGGCGGUAACUCGCGCACGCUUAUGAUCGCAUGUGUCAGCCCUGGAGAAAAUAAUUAUGGCGAGACGCUGAGUACGUUGCGAUACGCCAACCGAGCGAAAAAUAUAAAAAAUCGCCCGCGCAUGAAUGAAGAUCCAAAAGACGCGCUUAUUGGUCAGUACCAAAGGGAAAUUAAAAUGUUACGUCAGUUGUUAUCAGCGCAAAUGAAAAUGACAGGAGAAAUGCCAUUACUUCCAUUACCAUCUUCUUUAAACGACUUGGAAGACGACGGCAGGCCGGUGCCAGUUCGUUCAGCGGUUGUUAUAUCAAAACACGAGCGUUUGGCUUAUGAACAAACUAUAGCCAACUUAAGGCAGAAAUACGACGUGGAACAUGUUUCGCGCGAAAAGCUAGAAAAUAACUUAAAGUCUGUGAAAAUUGAUUAUAACAAUUAUAGACUUAAACACGAAUAUAAAAUUCAUAAAUUACAAAUCGAUCAUAAACAAAAACUCAGCGGACUACAAGAACUUCUGAAUAUAAAAGAUGACAACGAUAGUGAAGAAUCAGCGUAUGUGUCAGCCAAUAGCGACACAGAAAAUACAUCAUGUGGCUCAUUCUCGGAUAAGCAAGACAAGAGCACGUUGUUGAGUCCUAUGGAGGAAAAUGCCCAUUUAUGGAGCUAUCAAUGGUUGAAAUGUUAUUGUGAUACUUAUAAGAAAACAAUGACUAGGAAUAUGUUCUCGCUUAACCAGGAGUUUAACAAUGACUUUUAUUGCAUAUGUACUGAACAAAUUAAAAAUAAUUGUUUAAAUGAAAAAGGCAGCCAAACUUGUCAGAUUUGUAUUAAGCGAGCAAAAAUGAUUAUGGAGGAGGAAUUAGAUGAGCCAGUAAUAUUAUCACAACCUGGUGUUACCAAAACAGUAAAGCCGGAUUCUGGUGAAAUGGAAAAGACAAACAAAUUCUUCAGCGCACUGUGUUGUUUCAUACCAAGUAUAUCGUUUUUUGGUGAAAGGAAAGCAGUCCAAUGACGGGGUAGAAAAAGUUGUGCACCUGUAACUUAGAAUUUAUGAUAAAAGAAAGAAACAUUAAAUAAAUAGUAAAUAUGUGUAACUGAAUAGUAGAUAGAA